AUUGUGUUCACUUGUAAAGGACAGCAAAUGGGCAUUUUAAACGGGGUCAGAUGGGGUUUGGUAAGAUAGAAGCUGGAGGGAAAACUCUAGUAACCAGACAGCGCGAUAAAACUGCUUCACUGAGUAAUUGUAAUAAAUCUUACAGAAACUUUGAGUGAAAUAUUUUCCAAGGGACAGGCUGAGGACUCCAAAACAUGUGUCCUCCAAUGAAUGCAUGUGGGAUUGCGUGUUGUGAGUUUAAAUUUCACUUACAGUAUCUUGUUACAAUUGAGAGCUGAUGUUUCUAUGGACAACAAUGAGGUCUAUAACCGCAGAUACGAUGAUGUGAGCUCAUUGCACGUCACAAAAUGCAGAUGUAGACAUGACUAGUGUUGAUUUCCUUCCUGAUUUUCAAAAAAGGGAUGUUGAAACUCCGAUGCAUGAAAUAGAGCUGCAGUGUGUAGGGAGAAAUUCCUCUUCUCCUCACUUCAGGACAUUGUUAUACAAUAGCCUACACAGAUGCGUGGUCUCUGUUAUUUUUACCUCUCCAUCCUGACCCAAGUGUCCUCCAGCACCCUUAAAGUCAUUGGCUUCUUUGGGCACAAUGUCACUUUGCCCUGUACGUAUGACUCCCAAACUCACGGCGUCCUGAGUUUCUGUUGGGGACGAGAGAUGGUGCCCAGGUCCAAAUGCUCCGACACCAUCGUCUCCUCAGAGGAUGGGGCUGUGCUUGUCAGGGAGUCGCCCAGGUACCAGCUGCUGGGCAGGGUGACGGACGGAGAUGUGUCGCUGACCAUCCUGGACGCCCAGUGGAGCGAUGCCGGCGUGUACGGCUGCAGGCUCGAGAUCCCAGGGUGGUUCAAUGACGAGAAGGUCAACACAGACCUGGUCAUGGAGGAAGCUCCUGUUGAACAACCCGUGACCCAGACCUGGACACUUACUGCAGCUGGGACACAAGAAAUAUUGACAACAUCCAUGACUACAAAUGUAGAAGUCGGUGACCCAACAUUGGACAUAUCUGCAGUUACAACAACUGCGGAAAAAUUCAAAGCCUUCCUUGGAGUGGGGAACAUUGCCAGGGCGGCAGCUAUUUUCCUCUCCGCCAUAAUCAUAAUCCUCGUCUUUGUUUUCCGGAGAAGAUUUCUGCCAAAGAGGACACUUCAACAUCCCCACACCUCAGCUGCUGAAAACAUUUAUGAAGUAUUAUGAAGGGUCUCAACAUUAUGAGGAUAAGUGAGUCGAUAAGGAACUGCUUGCUGAAUGUGUCUGCUUGUCAUUGCUGACUUGAUCCACCUCUUCAGCUUUAAAGGGAAACCUUUUGAGCCCAUUUUAAGCACCUUACUGGGUUCCACCACUCUGACUGCUCUGGAAAAAAGGCAAAUGUGUGUCAUAUGUGGCUGAAAAGAUGCAAAAAUAUCCUGCAGAUUAAUUGAUUUGCUGUUUUUCACAGCAAAAUGGAUCUCACAGCCCUUAAAAGCUGGUCGAUGGUUUAUCCUUGUGGACACAAUGCCACCUAUUGGACUUAAUGCAUCAUUAUCAAAAUGUGUGCACUCCGUGUGAAGCUAUCAAUUGUCUAUUCGUACUCUAUAUGUUGUGAAUAAAGCUGACAUUAAUUGUAUAUUAAAAAAACUGGCCAACAAA